AAUAAUAUUAAAUAUAUUUAAUAUAUUUAACACUUUCCCUCGACCUCCUUCUUCGCGGAAGGGAAGAAAUUUGCUGCACCUUCACGCUGAAAGGAAACUAAUAUGAUUCACCCUUAUUCCUCGCUGCUUUGGAUCACGGAAGGAAAGAAAUCCCAGUGUCCACUUCAUUGGAUCUAUGCACGAUCCGCUGAUUUCUUCUUCAUCGACCAAAGCUUCUUCCCAAAAACCCGUUGAUUCUACGCGUCAAAUCUUUGCCUAAGAAAAGGAAAUCUGCACCGACAAUGAAGGAAAGUCAAGAUCCGCUGAUUCUUUACGGAUUCUUCGCCUGAGUUCUAGAAAUCUACAGCAUCAAAAUCCGGCAAAUCUUUGCGUCAAUUCGAGAAUAAGGGGAGUACUAUCCAUGCAACAGUCCGGAAAAGUUUGGUUGGAACUUUUGAGAGACGAAUCAAGGAGGGUUCGGUGUACAUCUUCGCCUAUUUCGGCAUAGGCAUCAGCAGUGGUUCGCACCUCGAAACAUGAGUACAGACUUAAUUUCCAACCACCAAGUAUUGUUACCGAAUGUAUUUCCAACAAAAUUCCAGUGCAUGGACUUAGGUUGAGUACUUUUGCUGAUAUUUUGCAAGCAGACAUGAGCUACCCUUACUUAGUUGACACUAUGGGCAUCCUUACAGCUGUGGGCAAGCAAACGGAGAUAGUAAAGGAGUCCAAAAGGACAAAUAUGAUUGUGAUCAAGUUAGAAGUAGAAGGGAUGACAUUGGAUAUCACACUAUUUGGGGAAUACGUUGAGAAGUUUAAAAGCUUCUUUGAACAACAGCCAUUGGAACAUCCCAUAAUUGUCAUACAGUAUGUGGAAGUGAAACUGUUUCAGGGAAAUAAAAUAUUACAGAAUGUCAUGUACGGAACGCGUCUCCUAUUAAAUCCAGAGAUAGAACAAGUGAUUGCAUUUACACAGAGGUUUGUAUAAUCUAAUCUAUAACGACCUAUAUACAGUACGAAGACUAUCUCUAUACGUCAUUUACUAAGUCAUCGUCUUAUUAUAACUAAAACAUUUACGUGAAGGUCUCUUAGCGUAACAUCUCAACGUUAGCCCAUUAUGUUGUCGUGUGAUGACAUUUCAAAUGUGCAACAUAGUGAAUUCCUAGAUGCUAAUAGGACAAUGGUGAUAACGACACUGAAGAAUACAACUGAGGUAGUGAAUACAGUUUAUAUAAAUUGAAUUUUGAAAGCAAACUAAUGCAUAAAUUUUAUCCACACGGGAUGGUUCCUAUGUAGUGUAUGCCACUGUUGAGGCGGUUAACAGUGGUGGGGAUUGGUUUUAUUUAGCUUGCAAGUGUAAUAGAGCUGUGUGAGUGGA